AUGAGCUCGUCCAGGUUCAUAAAGUGCGUCACCGUCGGCGACGGCGCCGUGGGUAAAACCUGCUUGCUCAUUUCCUACACCAGCAACACCUUUCCUACGGAUUAUGUCCCAACUGUAUUCGACAAUUUUAGCGCCAAUGUCGUUGUGGAUGGAAGCACGGUUAAUCUGGGAUUAUGGGACACUGCAGGCCAGGACGAUUAUAAUAGAUUAAGACCAUUAAGCUAUCGUGGGGCUGAUGUAUUUAUACUUGCUUUCUCACUCAUCAGCAAGGCUAGUUAUGAGAACAUCCCCAAGAAGUGGAUCCCUGAGCUGAGGCAUUAUGGUCCUGGAGUCCCAAUAAUUCUUGUGGGAACUAAGCUCGAUCUUCGUGACGACGAACAUUUAUUUGCAGACCACUCCGAGGCAGAGCCCAUCUCAACUGUGCAGGGUGAGGAGCUAAGAAGGAUAAGUGGGGCCAAUUCUUACAUCGAGUGUAGCGCGAAAACGCAACAGAAUGUGAAGGCUGUCUUUGAUGCAGCUAUCAAGGCUGUUCUUCAACAAACCAAACACAAGAAGAAAAUGGUUAAUAGAAAGGGCCAAAAGGCUUGCAGGAUAUUGUGA